AUGGAUGGUGCGAGGUAGGUUCUUUAUUUAUUUAUUUAUUUAGUUUUGGCAGUGACAUUUUGAUCCAAAGGAUUUUGAGAUCAGAAGGAAAAAAAAACAUGUAUCAUCAAUUAAUAAAAUAUUUCAGUUACCCAAUUCCUCCAAAUUACUAUCGAGUCGAUGUAUUUUUGAAUGAUUGGUUCACAAUUCCCCAAAAAUAUCAAAUAACCCGAUUUUUGGGAAGAGGAACACAAGGAUGUGUGGCUCUUGCAUACGACAGACAAAAACAAAUGACAGUUGCGAUCAAGAAAAUCCAUUUGCCAGAAGAUAUAACAGAAAGGCAACCAUUUCGAAGAGCAUAUCGAGAACUUUUUUGUAUGCUUCAUAUUUCGCAUCCGAAUGUGAGACAAACUUUUUUUUUCAAUUUUUAAAUAGAAAUCCUUUUAGAUCGUCAAAUUUCACGAAGCUUUCACACCAUAUCAAACCGCUGAGGAAAUGCGAGAAUUUUAUAUUGUUCGAGAAUAUCUCGAUGGAACUAUGACUCAAUUACCUUAUGAGGAAUUGACUCAUGAUCAUGUUCAGAAAAUUAUUCAUGAUAUUUGUAGAGGAAUUCAUCAUUUAAAUGCACUUGGUAUUUCACAUCGUGUAAGUGAUUUGAGUAAAUGAUUUUUAAAUUUUGAAUCUUGCGAGAAAAUACUUGUUACAUUGGCUGAUCCCGAACAACCCUGAAUUUGAAAAGAUUUUAUAUUAUAAUUUUUCAUGAAAAUCAUAAAUUCAUUCAGGAUUUGAAACCAACGAAUAUAUUGAUAACUCAAACAACGGAUGUUAAGUUAUGCGAUUUCGGACAAUCGAAUAUAACAGAUCCAUUCAUGCAAAAUACAACUUAUAUUAUAAUGCGAUAUUAUCGUGCACCCGAAGUUGUUUGUCAUAUUGGUGGAUUCGAAAAUCGAACUGUCGAUGUUUGGUCAAUCGGCUGCAUUUUUGCUGAACUUCUAACCGGUCAAACAUUAUUCCGUGGUACCGAUCAUGUCGAUCAAUAUCAUCGUUUCACACAAUUGUUGGGUUCACCAUCUCAAAAUUUUUUCGAAAGAAUGAAUGAUAAUGUUCGACAUUUUCUUGAAGGAAUGCCUAAAUAUCCAAAGCGAAACAUCGAAUAUAUAUUUCCAAAUAGCAUGUUUCUUCAAAAUUUCCGAGAAAGUCCGGAAUUAUGUGAGUUUGAAUUAAAAGUUCAGAAUCUACUCAAAAAUAGUAUUUACAGGCGAUUCUGCACGUGAUCUUCUGAGCAGAAUGCUUGUAAUCGAGCCGGAAAAUCGAUUAUCAAUCGACCGAGUUUUCGAACAUCCAUAUCUUCAAGAAUAUUCUGCUGAUUUUGAAGUAAGUUCAGAGAAUUGAAACCAGUUUGUAAAACAAACCAAACAUAAUCCUCUUAAAUCAAUUACAGUCAAAUGAAAAUGGAAAACAAUAAUAUUGAAACAAAAACUGAUUUAUGGACAAAAAUGUCGAAAAAAUUUCCAUACUUUAUGAACAGACAAAAAAGUCUAGUUUGAUCAUAAACUUGAAAAUCCGAUUAUUCAAAUAAAUUGUUGUGCACUUGUCGACAAAUAAAUUAAAAUCGAAAAGUGAACACAUUUAUAGAAUAUUAAAUACAACAUCAAAACCCAGACAUAACGAAAUUGAGAUUUAUAAAAAAAUUUUUGAAAAAUUCGAGGUCUAGCUAUUUGGGAUAGUAAAUUAGUAAUUUAAAAUUACACACUGAAGUGAGCUGAAAAAGGUUAUUUUCUGUAGAAUUUCUAAACAAUCCAUUCUUUCCAGGCAACGGAUCUUGUUUUGUGCGACAGAUUUCGAGAUGUCUACCUUUGGGAUCAUUACAGUGAUGCAAACAAUCAUCGAGGUUUGAUUUGCUAUUUUUUUCUUGUUAAUUUCUAGUUUUAAUUGAUUACAGCCGAGAUCUUCAAUGUGAUACAAAAUCAAACAUUCGGUCUCGACAAUCUACCCGACAUCUAG